AGAGCUGGAGAGAGAGAGCGCACGAGCGGACGCGUAUUCACUGAGAGAGAGAAGAGAUUUGAAGAAAACAAACACCGCAGCGGAGGCAGAUUGAGGGAAGGAGGGAGCUUCACGUGAGAGAAAGAGAAACAACAAAAGACACGGGCACAAAGUAAGAGAGAUAGAGAGAGAUAGAGAGAGUAGUGGCAGCGUUUGCGCUGGUCUACUCGGUGAUCUGUCUCCAUCUGGGUGCCAUCUGUGUCUCUGGCUCUGGCCUUCGCCACACUGGAGCUCACAUAUGUGGGAAUGCAAACACAUGCCUGACAUAUGAAGGCGUGGAGUCACAGGACGAGACAAAAAGGAAAGGAUAAGAGAGCAGAACACCCCGCCACGGCAGCUGACUCCCCCCCGCCCCCCCCCCGAGGACCGAGGAGUUGACUCUACUAGAGUGGAGACAGUAGAGAGAAGAAGAGCCCUGCCAUGCCCGGUUCUCCUGUGGAUGCUAAGACUCAUUCUAGAUCAGCCCCCAGCAGCAGCACCAGCUCCACCAUGCCUCCUCUGCCUUCUGUCAACUCCAGCGGCCCCCGCCCGGCCUCCUUUUCCACCACAGCAUUGACCAAUGGGAAUCAUCAUUCCCCACCAACCCUGAAUGCAGUGCCAUCGCCACCGCAGCGUUACAGCAACGGACCGUCCUCUUCCUCUUCCUCCUCGCUGGCCAACCAGCAGCUGCCGGCCACGUGCGGCGCUCGCCAGCUGAGCAAGCUGAAACGUUUCCUGACCACGCUGCAGCAGUUUGGCAACGACAUCUCUCCUGAGAUUGGAGACAGCGUCCGAAGCCUCGUUCUGGCCCUCGUGAAUUCGACAGUUACCAUCGAGGAGUUCCAUUCGAGGCUUCAGGAGGCCACAAACUUCCCUUUACGGCCCUUUGUUAUUCCUUUUCUCAAGGCCAACCUGCCCCUUCUGCAGAGAGAGUUACUCCACUGUGCACGGGCAGCCAAGCAGACCCCGGCACAGUACUUGUCCCAGCAUGAGCAUCUCCUGCUGAGCACCACCAUGGCCUCCUCUCCGGACUCCUCCGAGCUGCUGAUGGAGCCUCCGGAGGCGGUCACCAAGAGACACAGCCCCAACAGAGCCAAAGAGAAUGGUUUCCACGAACGUGAACGUCCGCCCCCGGCCAUGGAGCCCGCCGCCAAACGGAUUUGCACCAUCAGCCCCGCUCCCCGACACAGCCCCGCCCACCCGCUGCCCCUCAGCGCCCAGCUUCACCCGACCCCUCCGCCCUUGCAGCACUACGCCCUGGACGACAUCGCAGCGCCGCACAUCCUGCACCGCGAGCACAGCCAGCGCAUGUUGGAGAUCCGCGAGCUCAAAGACAGGCCCAGACUCCCUGGCACUAACGGGGGCUACCGUGAGGAGCCGGUGGACCACAGACUGACAGACAGAGAGUGGGCUGAUGAAUGGAGGCAUCUGGACCAUGUGUUGAACUGCAUUGUGGACAUGGUGGAGAAGACACGGCGGUCAGUGAGCGUGCUCAGGCGAUGCCAGGAGUCGGAUCGCGAGGAGCUCAACUACUGGAGACGGCGUUCGAGCGAGCAGGAGGACCCACGUAAAGGAGGCUCGGGCCCCGCUCCCUUCUCGAAGACACACAGCCCCCACUCCGCAGAGCCGGAUUCCCAGCGCGACUUUGCUCCACGGCCAGGCGCAGCAUACGUUACAGAUGAGAUCUGGAGGAAAGCUGAAGAAGCGGUGAAUGAGGUCAAGCGUCAGGCCAUGGACGAGGUUCAGAAGGCCGUCGCAGAGGCCGAACAGAAGGCCUUUGAGAUGAUCGCUUCUGAGAGGGCCAAGAUGGAAAAGACUCUGGUUGACGCGAAGAAGAAGGCUAAAGAGGAUGCCGUCAUGGUCAUCAAUGAACAGGAGGACUCCAGUGAGUGUUGCUGGAACUGCGGCCGCAAAGCCAGCGAGACGUGCAGCGGCUGCAACGCCGCGCGCUAUUGCGGCUCCUUCUGCCAGCACAAAGACUGGGAGAGGCAUCACCUCAUCUGCAGCCCAGGACUUCAGGCUCAACCCAAACCAGUGUCUGCCAUCACGGCGAGCAGGGCGGCGGCCGCGGCGGCGGCGGUAGCAGCCGGGGUGUCUCCCGUCUGUCUGGUCAAGGCCCCCGACAGCGUCCCGUCAGCCUCCAGUCCCGGAGGAGACAAGGCUUCGGUCGCUUCUCGCUCCUCCACCCCCUCCACCCCCGCCUCCGGCCCUGAAACCAAUGGGCACUAGGAGGCCGAGGACACCAGUGGUGAACGUGUCACCUUUCCGCUUCCCUGCUGGGGAAGAAGUGAAUCAGCAGCAAGAUGGGAACUAUUUGUGGGUUAAGUUAGGACAACAGAUUUUUCAUCACACUCUUUGGAAGGAAAAACAAACAAAACAGAUUAUGGAUGACUGUUUGAGUGUUAUGUCAACUGGGACUUUGGCUUUGGGAAAGAACAGAAGGGAACGUCUCGAAAGCAUCUAUUGGAUGAACAGAUCUCCGUAACAGAUGGAAAUGCGUUUGUCUUCGUCCAAAAAAAACAACCAAAUCUUGGAUCUGCAAAGAACUGCUUUUUAUCUCUGGAAGUUAUUAAAGAAGGAAUAUGAAAAGAAAGGGGGGAACAAAGCAGUGAGGUAUGAAGGCGCCUCCCCUCACACCCAUAUUCUCACUUUGUUGUGUAUAGAUUUAAGAUGGCGAGGUGGCGGUGGGAAAUGGAAACGGUGUAAUAUUACCAGCCAUAAAGCAUCUGCCUUCUUCUUCCUGUAGGAAAGUCUGCAGCUCCUCCUGUAUACAUAAAUAUUUCGCCAAACUUCUUCUGUCAGGUUUUCAUGGAACCUCCUGUAUACAUAAAUAUUUCGCCAAACUUCUUCUGUCAGGUUUUUCAUGAAUGCGUGUGUCAAACAGUCGUGCAAGUUCGUGAAUAUUGUACAGCAUAUGAUAACGUUUGUCAAAGCAAUAUUAAAAGUGAAGUGUUCAGGUAUCUCAAGCCGUUUCUGCAUCACCAAAGUUUUCAGUCGCUAGAGAGAGCGAGAGAGAGAGACACGUUUCCAUCGCCUGUAAAUGUCUUGUGAACGAUAUGUUAGUUAUACACUAACCCCGCAUCAUAUCUACUUUUAUAAAGAGCCUAACGAGGAGCGCUGGUGACUAUCUUUUAAUUUCUGACCAGUCUUCAACGAGCAGAGAGCAAGGUUGAGGGUGAGCGCAGGAAGGGGAAGUUAAAACGAUGUUCCACUCUGGUCGCAGUUUAAUUUCGGCCCUCGUUGGCGUCACCACGGCGGACUCGGACGUUGCUCCAGAUCUUCCACCAUCGCAACAUUUGCAUCAGGGGGAUCGUAAUGCAGCUCUUCAAGGACCGUUUUUUCCACACAACGCAAAGAAAAUGAAUGAUGGUUAAAUCUUUUUCUUUUUCUUCAUUUGAAAUAAUCCCCCCCCCCAAAAAAAAGGGUGAACAUUGUCACUGAUGCUCCCGUUGCCGUGUGGCGCAGGUCUAGAGCAGCGACUCCGACCCACGGAGAAUCUCAGGAGGCAGCUAAACUGUAUUUGUAUGUACAGAUCAUUCUGUUCUUUUCUCUUUUUUUUAAAAUCACAGUUGGGUUCAAGUCCAAAGUUUAGAGUGGGACUUUUGAUUUGUCAAACUCUGCUGUGACAACCGAGACAUUGUUCUUGUUUUUUUUUUUCUUUCUUCCGUUUGUUGUAAGAUGUACUUUGUAAAGAAUAUUAUGAGAGAAUGCCUUUAUUUUGUGAGCCACGAUUUUCUUCGUUCUUUUAACACGUUCUUUUGUUUUGAGGCAUAACUUCAUACGACAAAAAGAUAUCUUGACAUGAAGUAUGAAAUAAAUAAAUAGAAUUACCUCA